AUGCACCAUACUCGUGGGCCAGUGGCAAUCCGUAAAAUGGGCAAGAUCCUGGCAGACCCAGUGGUCUGUAUAACUACAGUGGUAUCUGUAGUUACAGUUGGCAUAGGAUGUUAUCUUUACUUUUCUAAGCGUCCUAUACCUGCACUAGAGAAAAAUGCAGUUCGGCAGUUCACCUUGAUAGAGAAAGAGCAAAAGAGCCCUAAUACAUAUAGAUACCGGUUUUCUCUUCCAAACAAAUGGAAUGUGCUAGGUAUUCCUAUUGGACAGCACAUCCAAAUACUGGCGCCCAUAGAUGGAAAAGAGGUGGUUAGAAAUUAUACGCCAACGAGUCCCAGCGAUGCCAAGGGAUAUUUUGAUAUUCUUGUAAAGACCUACCCAGAUGGUCUAAUGUCAAACUACUUGGUCAACCUCGAGAUUGGGGAUAAGAUCACCGCCAGAGGACCAAAAGGUCUAUUUGAAUACACUCCUAACAUGGUACGAGCUAUUGGAAUGGUAGCAGGCAGGUGGCUCUGGUAUCACGCCCAUGUAUCAAGUAAGAUUAUCAAGGCUAUCUUGGGUAACCAAAAAGACAAGACAGAGGUUACUUUGAUUUACGGAAACCAGACUGAGCCAGACAUUCUCCUCCGAGAAGAGCUGGAUGUGCUUGCGACUAUGCACCCAAAUCGGUUUAAUGUACACUAUGUGCUAAGCCGCCCACACACAACGUGGGCUGGACACACAGGUCGCAUCGACAAAGAGAAAAUGGAAAUGUGGCUUCCAAAACCGGCAGGAGACGUCAAAAUACUUGUAUGCGGACCUCCGGGCCAGGUCAAGGCUAUUACAGAGGCAGCAACGGCUUUGGGCUUUGUUUCUCCACGUACUGUCAGUAAAGUGGUAGAUCAAGUGUUUAAGUUUUAA